AGACCUCACCUUGUGCUCUGUUACAUUUUUUUAUUGGCAUCCAUUGUGAUUAUUUCCUCACAUUCUAUCGAUCAGACAAUUAUUGGAAAAAAUCGCCUUGUACAAUCUUCUAAAUGACAUUUUAGCAAAUGGACUUGAUGUUGGAAUGUAAUUGUAUAUAGAAAUUCAUGGUGUGUGCGUGUGUGCGUGUGUGCGUGUGUGCGUGUGUGCGUGCGUGCAUGCGUGCGUGUUCACCCCAUACGGCUCUGUUCCCACUGACCUGACUGUGAUACAGAGGAUGCGCCUGUGAACCCAAAAGCCAGACGAAUGCUUGCUGUGGGUCUGUCGUUGGUGUAGCAGCGUAGUGAGAGAGUGUGUCGGUGAGCUCAGAGCGGGGAUGGGGGGUGGGAGGGGCUUUCAGACUCCACAACAACACUAGCGAGAGUGAGACUGUAGAGGGGGAGAGAGAAUGCGGCAGAAGGAGGCAGCAGACUGUCAGUGGCCAACUCUGGGAGACAGGGAUACGCACGGAUUCUCUUCGCUUUAUUCCUGGCUUUUCCCUGCUUUGUAAUUUUUUUUUUGUUAUCAGUCUGCACCCCAUUGCUCUCAAUCUUUCUGUCCCUCUCUCCCUUCUGCUGCUCAUUCUUCUUCUCCCUGCAGUCUUUAUUUCUCUGUCCUACAUCCAGACGUGCAGACUCCGAUUGCCGUCUCUCAUCCUCUUCUGGUUUAUUUCUAGCAACAUCCUUCUUUUUCUACCCUUCCCCACUUUCUCGCUCCGUCUUUGUGCGGUGUGAGGAUGCCAGUGUUAGAGGGGCUCCUUUGCCCAGACCUUAGGAUGCGGGACUCCGGUCUUGACGUCGGUGUCUGUCCAGAGGAAGCUUCCCGCUCACCAGUGUGGGGUCCUCUCAGGACUCCUCCGGUCACCUGCGGGGGCCUGUCGCUGGCCCUGGAACUCCCAGCUCUCAUACGGCAGCUGAGGGCAGCCUGGAGGGCGCGCAGAGGAGGCCCCCGCGGGUCAGAGAGAAGUGAGGCGAGCACUUGGGUGGAAGCAGAGAAGGAGGAGGUAGAGGAGAUGAAGCGGGACAUAGAGGACAGGAGCGCACAUCUGGAAGCUGAUGGCAGACUGAGCACUGGUCAUGCUGGUGUGUUGCUGGCUGAGAGACGAGGCUCCUACCCACUGAUUGACCUCCGCAUCCUGAAAACCAGUGCCCAGCGGGGGGAGGUAGAGUCCAGCAACAGGAAGAAAGUGAUGCGUCAGCUGAGCUUCCAGAGAUACUGCCACGCCUCCAGGCUGCUGAGGGGGUUCAUGCCCCACACGCCCGGGUCCUUACACCUGCUGGACGACGAAUACCUAGGGCAGGCCGCGCAUAUGCUGUCAAAAGUUGGCACAUGGAACUUUGACAUUUUCCUCUUCGAUCGUCUUACAAAUGGUAACAGCCUGGUGACUCUGAUGUGCCACCUCUUCAAUGUCAACGGCCUCAUUCAUCACUUCCAGCUGGACAUAGUCAAACUACACAGGUUCCUGGGUAUGGUGCAGGAUGACUACCACUCCCAGAAUCCCUAUCAUAAUGCCGUUCAUGCAGCAGACGUCACUCAAGCUAUGUACUGCUACCUGAAGGAGCCGAGGCUGGCAGAGCGGCUGAGCCCUCUGGACGUGUUCCUGGGUCUGGUGGCAGCAGCUGCCCACGACGUGGACCAUCCUGGGGUCAACCAGCCCUUCCUCAUCAAGACCAGACACCACCUGGCAUCUCUCUAUCAGAACACGUCUGUGCUGGAGAGUCACCACUGGAGGUCCACUGUGGGUAUGCUGCGAGAGUCAGGACUGCUGUCCCACCUGCCCGCCGACAUGUCGCAGGACAUGGAGCAGCAGCUGGGCUCUCUCAUUCUGGCUACAGACAUCAGUCGUCAGAACGAGUUCCUGUCCACCUUCAGGGAACAUCUGGACAACCGGGACCUGGACCUUCAACUGGCUUCACACAGGCACUUCAUGCUGCAGAUUGCUCUGAAGUGUGCAGACGUCUGUAACCCGUGUCGGGUUUGGGAACUGAGCCGACAGUGGAGUGAGAGGGUGUGUGAGGAGUUCUACAGGCAGGGUGACCUGGAGAGAAAGUUUGACUUGGAGAUCAGUCCUCUGUGUGACCAGCAGGCGAACUCUGUCCCAGCCAUCCAGAUAGGUUUUAUCUCCUACAUUGUGGAGCCUCUCUUUGAGGAGUGGCAGCGUUUCACUGAGCCCAGCCUGCUCAGCCGGACCAUGAUGGGUCACCUGCACAAGAACAAGGCCCGCUGGAGCAGCCUACGAUAUGCACAGACAACGGUAGACUUGCAAUCACACCCGGACGCCGCUGAGGCUGAGCCUGAGGGAGGGGGCGGCGAGGGAGAAAGUAUCCCUUAAUCUUCCUCUUGUUUUAUCGGGUUGUUUUUAUCGUCCUCUGUCAAUGGAGAAGAGGAGUGUUUAUCAACCUCCUUAUUCGUCCUCCAGCAUAUUUCCUCCCACCACCUGGGUGUUCACAGGCUCUGAGCACGACGGUGGGAGUCCUGGCCUGGAUUAGUGAGAAAGGGCUCCCUCUGCUGGCGCAGCGUGUGCCGGUGCAGAGGGAAAAUGAGGAUGAUGGGAGGCAAAUUAAUGGUAGAGCAGAUGGAUGGAUAAUCUUAGUAAAUAAAUGCCAAAUUGACAAAACGAUGCCACGUUUUUUGACCUUGUGAAAUCUGCUUCACGGUCGCUGAGACACGGGAACAGAAGUGAACGGUGACGGCCGAAGGCGGAAUAGGGAUCAGCAAAGACAAAUAUUGACGUGUUUGCACAUUGCUGCGAGAACAAUAAAGAAAAGCCAAAAUUAUAUAUAAUUCUAACAAGUCAGCUGGACUGUUCUACAAAAGAUGCUAUAAAAUAUAUGAAAAAAAAUAAUAUAUGAAUAUCUUAUCAACUAUACUAUGCUUUUUAAACUUUCAGACGACACAUAUUCAGCUCUUUUCACUUUUCCUCUCUAUUUGUACAGCGUGCACUUCUAUUGGAUGCUCUUUCAUACGAGUGUCCCACUUGUCCACUGUUCACUCAAGUGCGUUUUAACCUCGAGCACUAAGUUGGUAUGUGAAGGUGUCGUAUAAACUGUAACACGUGUCCUGUUUUAAUUGUGUAACCUACACGGCCGAUACGGUCACUGACUGACACAGGCUGGCAUCAGCCCAGCCGCUGGAACACUGAUAUUGAGUUUCUAUGUAUAACACCAAGCAAGAGCCUUUUCAUUUAAUUUUUUUCUGUGAUGUAAAGUUAUCAACAGUACAAUCUGUACACACUGUGGUGUACGAUCACAGCACUUCACAUGCCAAAAUCUCAGCAACCUUUUUUUCACUGGGUAAUGGAUUGUCGGGUGCAUUUGUUUAUCUGAUGACCUCACUUUUUCAAGCCUUAACAGGAAUUUGGUCCAUCUGUGAAAUACAUUUUUAAAGUGGUGUGUUACCAUUUUUUUCUGGACAAGCUUUCUUACUCAAACUAGUCGUUGCUGCCUGUUUUUUCUUCAGCCAUACCAGCGUACUGACACACACACACACACACACACACACACACACACACACACACACACACACACACACACACACACACACACUUGUUCCUGUUCGAUCUAUCAACCAGUAUUGGAGUCAUAUUGGGUCGUAAAAAAACAUUGCCAAGGUGCCAAUGUACCACUCUGAUACACUCACUCUGUUACCUCUAAGGCUUUUAUAUUGCUGUCUUUUUACAAUAGGUGUGCAUUGUAUCUUAUCAACAAACUUGGGCCAAUUAGUAACUACAGGUACUUUUUAAUUCUAAUAUCUUAACCAAGAAGUUUGUCACACAAGCGUAUAUCGUCAUUCAUUAUUACAAAUAUGUACAAUCCAUUGUUUCUGAAAUGGUACUGAUCCACAGGUUGUCAAUGUAACUUACAACAAAGCAUAUGAAGUAUUUGUAAAUAUCAGUUUGUCCACGUGUAAGUGCGGAUAUACAUUUUUGCCUUUGAAAUUUGUACAGAUUAGGUCGUCAUUUCUUCGGCUCACGUCCGGCGUGGUCGAGUUGCGCGGUGCUAACAGAGGCCCACGUCUUCCCAGAGCUAUAAGAGAAGAAUAACCUGAGCUUCAUGAUUCGAAAACAAGCUGGCCCACGCACAGUUGUUCUUUAAGAUUAUCACAGCUCGAAUAUUCAGAAGCUGUGCUCGUGAAAAAGUGUGACACCAAUGAUAUGAUGAUGAAUUUCUAUGAAGUUUUUAAAAAACAACAUUACACUAAGUCGCCUUUUCUAUGAAAUGCGGUGCAAUAAAGUCAAGUCACUGGCCAAGUUGUAAGAAACAGGCCAUAUUCAUAUCUAUCUAUAGCUCUGGUUAUUUGUACGAUGCUCUUACGUCUGUAUGUCCUCACUAUAGCACUUGGUGACACUCCCAUUACAUGUAAGCAACAUACUUGUGAGAAGUGCACACUGCUGUCACAGUUUUUUGAUGUCCCUACUGUAAUGGGGAGUCGCAGACCUCUGAAAAGCCUGACACUGUUGACUGAUUUCCAUUUUCUCUAAUAUACACACUUAGCAGUAGUUACUGAGGAGGCUCACUGACUUAUUCUUAGUCUUGUUAAGAUAUCUUUUGAGUGCAUACCUUCGUCUGAGCACAGCGCUCAGUGUCGACAGCGAACAUUGUGAAAUUUCACUAAAUGCUACCUAAACCUGCAAGUUUAAAAAAAAAAAAGUUAUUCCACGUGACUGACACGUUGCCGCCGUAGUGCAGACCUAGAUGAGAUGGCAGGCUGCCUUGUAUUUGAAUACCUCUCACAAUCAGCAAUGAUACAGGGUGUCUAAGCCAUACGGGUGUUAAUAACAAGUACAAAUAUGUACUCUUGAGUCUUUAGUAAAAAGCUUUUAUACCGGAGGAAUUAUCAUACCAGAUGAGAAGCAGGCGAAGAAGAAUUCUUGUAAAAUCUGUGAAUUGACUGUGAAAGAGAUGUCCAACUGGUAUUACAUACGCAGUACAGUGGAUCGGACGCAAAUCAUUUUGCGGAAGAAGCAACUUGUCUGUAAGCUAUGAACAUUUUUCUGAGGUGGGGGUUUCGUUUUCCCUUUUUUUAAUCGUUGUUAAUAAUGAUUAAAGUGUCGUCACCCCCAGAUUUAACUGUGUCAUCCAGUAUUAGAAACUCCAUCUACACGUCACCAGUUUUCUGGUGGUUUGAAAGAUAGUCGGCGCAGUUGGGCUCGCCAGAAAGUGGAAAGUAUGUUUUUUUUCUUGUUUGACUUCAGUGAGUCGGAAUGAAUCUAGUGCCACUGUAACUGAGAGAAGUUUAAAUGCUUUUUCUUUUUAAAAAAAAAUAGGUUUUGUUCAUUUGUGUUUCUGUGAUCGUCCUGCUGUGAAACUGAAGCGAGUGACACUGAGAUUGAUGUGCCAUGUGAAAAACAAUGUCACCGCUAAGUCCAUUUAGUAGUGGUUCUGGUUCAUAUGGUCUUCAUGAGCCCAGUUGCCAUGGAAACCUAAAUGUCCAAAUGUCCAUUUUUCCUCGGAAUGGGUUUAAGACUUGAGGCUGAAAGUUCAUUCUUGACCUUGAAAUCAGCAGUUUAGAAAACUCUUAAUGUCCAUUGAGUCGCUGUUUGUGGGUUUUCAUGCACUUGUUAACUACCUUAAAAGUCUUUAAGGGAAAAAGUAAUAAUAGAAUAGAAUUUCUGAAUGAAACCUUUCUAAUUAAGCUCGUAAUCCAAAACCGACUAUCUGACAUCUUGACUGUAUAUUUUGUUUCUGACAAACCAACCUUUCAGCACUGUGAACAAUUCAAAUAAACAUGUUUUUCAUUUAA